AUGAUUUACACGGCAAUUGACACAUUUUAUCUUACGGACGAGCAGCUAAAGAACUCACCUUCUAGGAAAGAUGGACUAGAUGAAGCCACUGAAAAAACCCUUAGAAUCUAUGGCUGUGAUCUCAUCCAAGAAAGUGGCAUUUUACUAAGAUUACCUCAAGCAGUGAUGGCCACCGGUCAGGUUUUAUUCCAGCGUUUUUAUUGUAAGAAGUCAUUUGCUCGGUUUAAUGUGAAGAGAGUUGCUGCUAGUUGUGUUUGGCUUGCAUCCAAACUUGAGGAAAGUCCUAGGAAAGCAAGACAUGUCCUUAUUGUUUUCCAUAGAAUGGAAUGUAGGAGGGAGGGUUUACCAAUAGAGCACUUGGAGCCAACUUCACAGAAAUAUAUAGAUUUGAAGCCAGAUUUGAUCAGAACAGAAAGGCAUCUGUUGAAAGAGAUGGGUUUUAUCUGUCAUGUUGAGCAUCCUCAUAAGUUCAUAUCAAAUUACCUUGCUGUUCUUGAAACACCCCCAGAAUUGCGACAAGAAGCUUGGAAUCUCGCAAAUGAUAGUUUGCGUACAACAUUGUGUGUGAGAUUCAAGAGUGAGGUAGUGGCCUGUGGGGUUGUAUAUGCUGCGGCUCGUAGAUUCCAAGUACCUCUCCCUGAAAAUCCUCCAUGGUGGAAAGCAUUUGAUGCAGACAAAUCUGGGAUAGAUGAAGUCUGUAGGGUUCUGGCCCACCUUUACAGCCUUCCUAAGGCACAAUAUGUACCCGUAUGCAAGGAAGGGGGUUCAUUUACCACUUCUAAUAAAUCAUGGGAUUCGCCUUCUCAAAAAGUUCCAAAGGAAGGUUCAUUAAGUGGUGCACCAGCAAAUGAUGAUACCAAUACUCCCAAGUCGGCUUCGGCAGUCAAUCAGGAAUCCAGUGUUUCCAAGGAUACAAAGAUUAAAGAUGCCCUUGACAAGUUGAAGGAGUCAAAGAGGAGUGAUGAUGAUUCCAAAAGCAUGCCUCCUUCUGAGGGUGAGGCAAGAGAAGAACCUGUGUCCAAAUCAAUGUCUGAGCAUAGAACAGAGGCAAGUGGGGAAAGGAACAAGGAGAGGGAGAGGGAGAGGGAGAGGGAGAAGGAGAGACUCAAGGCUCGUGACCGCGAUAGGGGUAGGGAAUCUGACAGAGAACGAGAGCGAGAGGAGCCUGAAAGGGACAAGGAUAAAGUCAAGGACAGGACCCACCGUUCAAGGGACAAAGGAAAGGAUUCAGGACACUCGGAGAAAUCAAAACAUCACUCAUCUCGAGAUCGGGACUACUAUAGCUCCUCAUAUUCUUCGAGGGAGAAGGAUCGCCGCAGACACCAUUCAUAUGCUUGA